AUGGGUAACAAACAUUCGAACAAAACUGAUCCUACAAUUCUUACACCAAAAGUGAUUCAAAUGCUCAAAGCCAAUACAGACUUUACUGAAGAACAAAUUCGUGACUGGCAUGCUGGUUUCAUACGAGAUUGCCCAAAUGGAAAACUCUCGAAAGAUCGGUUCGUUUCAGUCUAUGAACAGUUCUAUCCUGGUGGCAAAGCUAAAGAUUUUUGCAAAUAUGCAUUUGCAACAUUUGAUCGUGAUAAUAACGGAACAAUCGAUUUCACUGAAUUCAUGCUUGCAAUUGCGCUGACACAGUCAGGUGAUCUCGAUGAACGUCUUGCUUUAGCAUUUGAAAUGUACGAUUACAAUAACAAUGGAACAAUCGAUACCAAUGAAAUGGCCAAAGUUAUUGCUGCGAUGUAUGAUCUUAUUGGUGAAACUGAUCGCAAAGGUGAUCAGGAUCCAAAACAUCGUGCAGAAGAAAUCAUUCGUAUUUGUGAUGUCACCGGUAACAAGAAGUUGACAAAGGAAGAAUUCAUUGCUGGAUGCAAAAACGAUCCAGUUAUUCGUCGUUUACUUGUCCCGAAUGCUUAA